GUUUUGGUGCCCACAGUGUAAGCAUGCGCGCUGGUAGCCCGCUGAGGGGGUAGUUGCAGCUUUAAGAAGCUCACGUUUUAAGAGUAGUAGGCUCACUAAGGUGAGGUUAAGCAUUUGCGUAUUCUGGCUGAGCCGACUUUUCCCUUACAAUUAAGUUUCGUUUUACAUUGUAUAGUUUUAGUUCAUGAAAACGUGCACAGAGUCACUCAUGUUGCUCUGUGUUAUUGCGGAGCUCUGAUAAUUGGACUAGUAGGGCCAAUAUGGCGGACCUAAAGGAGGAGGAACCACACAGUAAAAGGGUAGAAGAUAAGACACUGACCAUUUUUGGUGAUGUUACGGAAAAAUGCAAUGAUGAAAUGGAAGAUACAAGAUCUGGGGAUAUACUUAUUGGCAGAACACUUUCACUCGUUAGUAGCUCUGAUGAAGAUGAAGCUCUUCCUUCAAAUAGAGACUUUUAUUCACUUGGUCCAGGCUCUUUCUUAAAUAACUCUGAGGACCUUUCUGGUGUUCCAGUUAUUGGUAGUGACAGUGAUGAUAAAGAUUUUGACCAAAAAAGCAGUUCUCUUAGUUACAAAACUUCCGAAAUCCAUGCAGAUAACCAGUUGGAAGGGGAAAGAAUUUCUGAAGAGCUUGAGCCAGAUUUUGUAAAAGAAGCCCAAAAUAAACUACACAGAGACUACAGCUCUGGUGUUAGCUAUAGUCAAGAACUGGAAACCCGAACUUUAGACUUUGAUGCAGUUAAAAACACUAGACUUGGAACACUAUCUGAAAACAACAUGGACCAAGAAGUACUUAAUCAGGAACAUGGAAUGGUUAAUGUUAAACAGUCAACUGAUGAACUCAAUUUAGAAUUACAUAAUAGUAAUGAUAAAGAAAGGAAUAAUGAAGAUACAGAGACUGACAGAGAAAUUACAGAUGAGGACUCUGAUAUGGAAGUACCUGAAACAAAUAGGAGAAAGCAGUCUUUUAAAAGUCAAGACCACAUACAAGAGCAAGAGCAAAGGCCAUUGGAAGCACAGUCUUCAGGCACGCGGUCAAAUGAGCAUGGCUUUAGCUUUAGUAUGAAGGAAUCUCGAACUUCAGAAAGUUUAGGAAAUUCCUAUAUUCCAAAUUUAAGAAUUAAGGAUGAACCUCAGGAUGAAGAAUAUGAAAAAGCUAUGGCCCCUCAAAGUGUUUUGGAUAGAAUUAAAGAUGAACCUGAAAACCUAGAGGAUUAUGUCCAACAACCAAAGUCUCAGGAUGGUGAAUUAAAAAUCAGUGCAGUCUUCUCAGUUAGUGGCAGCCCUCUUGCAUCACAUUUGCCGGCAGACUUGCAGCAUCAGUCACCUGUUACUGUUGCAUCUUUGGGCACAGGUAAAACACUGCCUUCUGUUCCCAGUACAGCUGUUCGAGUAUCUUGCUCUGGGUGUAAGAAGAUUCUUCAGAAGGGGCAGACUGCAUAUCAGAGGAAAGGAUCUACUCAACUCUUCUGCUCAACUUUGUGCCUCACAGGAUAUACUGUACCUCCUCCACCAAGGACGGGUCCUAGUUCCAAGAAAACUUGCUUCAACUGUGCAAAAGAAAUUUUGAAUUUGAAGGAUGUCAUCACAGCUCAAUUUGACAGUACAGGAACUGGUAAAGAUUUUUGCAGCCAAGCUUGCCUUUCUAGUCUCGAAUUAAAGCGCAAGCCUGUUGUAACUAUCCACACUAAUAGUAUUUCAACUAAGUGCAGCAUGUGCCAGAAGAAUGCAGUAAUUCGGCAUGAAGUGAACUACCAGAAUGUUGUCCACAAACUUUGCAGUGAUGCCUGCUUCUCCAAGUUUCGCUCUGCAAAUAAUCUGACCAUGAACUGCUGUGAGAAUUGUGGAGGUUACUGUUACAGUGGGUCAGGCCAAUGUCAUUUACUUCAAAUAGAGGGGCAGUCUAAGAAGUUCUGCAGUUCAGCCUGUGUUACUGCCUAUAAGCAGAAGUCAGCAAAAAUUACUCCCUGCACUUUAUGUAAAUCAUUGAGAUCUUCUGCUGAGAUGGUAGAGAACACAAACAACUUGGGGAAGACAGAACUGUUUUGUUCAGUGAACUGUCUUUCAGCUUACCGAGUUCAGUCGAUCACCUCUUCAGGUGUUCAAGUUCAAUGUAAUAGCUGUAAAUCUUCAUCCGUACCUCAGUAUCACCUUGCUAUGUCAGAUGGGAGUAUUCGCAACUUCUGCAGUUAUAACUGUGUAGUAGCUUAUCAGAAUUUGUUUAACAAGCCUUCAGGAGCAAGUCCUACAGUGGUGCCCUUGUGUCAGGGUCAGGUGAUCGUAAGCAUCCCUACAGCAACAUCGACAGUAGCAGGAGGUGGGACUACUACCACAGGGGUGACGUCAACCACUGUGAGCACAUCAGCUGCAGCUGGUUUGCAGAGACUUGCUGCUCAGUCCCAACAGGUUACGUUUGCUCGGACUGCCGUGAAGUUAAAGUGUCAGCAUUGCGGCAAACAGUUUUCAACAAAACCUGAACUUCUUGACUACAAGAAUAGAAUGUUCCAGUUUUGUGGAAAGACCUGUUCUGAUGAAUACAAGAAAAUUAAUGCUAUGACUGCAAUGUGUGAAUAUUGUAAAAUAGAGAAAAUUAUAAAAGAAACUGUCAGAUUCUCAGGUGUUGAUAAGCCAUUUUGCAGUGAAGGCUGUAAACUCCUUUAUAAGCAUGACCUGGCGAAACGUUGGGGAAUCCACUGUAAAAUGUGCAGUUAUUGUUUACAGACAUCUCAAAGACUUGUCCAGAAUCAUUUUGGUGGAAAAAUGGAGGAGUUCUGCACUGAAGAAUGCAUGUCAAAGUUCACUGUUCUGUUUUAUCAGAUGGCCAAGUGUGACAGUUGCAAGCGACAGGGUAAGCUUAACGAGUCUCUUAAGUGGAGAGGAGAAAUGAAACAUUUCUGCAACUUACAGUGUGUUUUGGUGUUCUGCAACCAGCACCUAACGUCUGAACCAGCUUUGCCAAAUAAUAUUGCAGUGAGCACCACAACAGUACCAGUUACUUCAACUACUCCCACAGCACCACGGAAGGAGUCAACACCUGUUAUAGCAAAUGUAGUUUCCUUGGCCAGCACUCCAGCAUCACAGCCUAUGGUAAAUUCCAACAAUGUACUACAAGGUACUGUUCCAUCUGUCACAGCAAAAAUUAUUGGAGAUGCCAGUACCCAAACAGAUGCACUGAAGAUGCCAGCCUCAGCCCCACCUAGACUUUUGAAAAAUAAGGCCCUUUUGUGUAAGCCUAUUACACAGACUAAGGCAACCUCAUGUAAACCUCAUACUCAAACAAAGGACUGUCAGACAGAUGCAGAAGAUAAGCCACAGGUUAUUGUUCUGCCUGUUCCAGUGCCAAUAUUUGUGCCUCUUCCUCUGCACUUGUUCACUCAGUACACACCAUUCCCAUUAAGCAUGCCAGUACCGAUGCCAGUUCCCAUGUUCAUUCCAACCACCCUGGACAGUGCAGAUAAAAUCAUAAAUACAAUCCAGGAUAUAAAAGAGAAGAUCCCUUCAAAUCCCUUUGAAGCUGAUCUCCUUCAAAUGGCUGAAAUGAUUGCAGAGGAUGAAGAGAAAGAGAAGACUGUGUCACAUGGAGACCAAGGUAGUACAUACAGUGGAGACUUGGAAUCUGAAGCGGUAUCCACCCCUCAUAGCUGGGAGGAUGAGCUGAACCACUAUGCUUUGCGGUCAAACACCAUGCAGGAACCAGACCCUGAACUGAGCCAGUUGUCAAGAAUGGAUGCAGAGCAGGAUCUGGAAGCAGACUUCCCAGCUGAAGGAUAUGAUCCAGCCAGCAAAGGACAAAUCACACCGUCACGUAGAGGACGACGGAAACACAGAGAUGGAUUUCCACAUGCAAAAAAACGAGGAAGGAAGAAAUCUGUUGGUUGUUUUGAAACCAGAAGUCUUGUGCACGCUACAUUCCCAGGUAGUUCAGUAGGAGAUGGUACAACCCUGAAGUAUAUGUAUGGAGUGAAUGCUUGGAAAAACUGGGUACAGUGGAGGAACUCAAAUGGGGAACUGGAAGAUCUGAAGCUGGGAGCUCGAUCCCUUAAAAUAAAGGAAGAUAUCCUUUCUUGCACCUUUGCAGAAAUUAGUUAUGGGAUGUACCAUUUCAUUCAAGAAGUACGGAGGCCUAAUGGUGAAAUGUAUGAACCAGACAGCAUCUUUUAUCUGUGCCUUGGAAUACAGCAGUACCUGUUUGAGAAUGGUAGAAUAGACAACGUAUUUACAGAUCCUUGUUCCAAGUUUGUGGUUGAGCUUACUAAGUUAUUGAAGAGUUGGAAGCCAGCAAUACUUCCUGAUGGUCACUUGUUCUCAAGGGUGGAAGAGGAACAUUUAUGGGACUGUAAGCAGCUGGGAGCAUAUUCUCCCAUUGUUUUGCUAAACACUCUGCUCUUCUUCAACACAAAGUUUUUUCAACUUAAAACUGUCAGUGAGCACCAAACAUUAUCCUUUGCUCAUGUCAUGAGACGAACUAGAACUGUUAAACACAACAGCAAACUGACAUAUCUGCGAUUCGUCCCACCUGCACCCAAAAAUGAUUCAGAUCCAGAUAAAGUAUCAUCAGGUAAGAGGAAACGUGUGGAAGAAGAUGACGAUGACACUGCGAUGGAAAUGGCUGAAAACACUGAUAAUCCUUUGCGAUGUCCUGUUCGGCUAUACGAGUUUUACCUAUCCAAAUGUUCAGACAGUGUAAAACAGAGAAGUGAUGUUUUUUACCUUCAGCCUGAGCGCUCUUGUGUACCUAACAGCCCAAUGUGGUACUCCACAUUACCCAUGGAUCUUGGGACUUUAGACACGAUGUUAGCUCGCAUCCUUAUGGUACGGGAGAUACAUGAAGAACUGGCCAAAACAAAAACAGAGGACUCAGAUGAUGGAAUUUCGGAAUAACUCAGGCCUUUUUCAUAGGCACUAAACUGUGAAAGCAUAUAUCCCUUCAGAAGUGGAGUGUUAAAUGAACCGCAUUGUCAAAAAACGUAAGCAGGGGAUGUGCAAACUGGAUACUACAAGUGGAAAAUUAAUUUUCCAAAAAUAAAGACCGAAUGAACUGCUGUACAUGUUCAGAAGGUUUAAAGGAGCAUUCUAAGUUUAAAAAAGCAAUGAUAAAUUUACAGUUAUGUUUUCUUUUUAACAAAGGAAAAAACAAUCCCCAAAGCAUAAUGCAUCACUAAAAACUUUUUUUAUAAGUGCUGCUGUACUUGACAGGGCUGUGUGGAUGUUUUAUGUGCAACAUGACAUCAAAGGUGACAUUUUGUGAAAUGUUGCUGUAUACAAUAGGUCAUGGGCCCACAUUUUAUUCUUAAAGCGAGAGAAAUCCCAGAACUGACAGAAGUACCCGGAUGGACUAUAUAAGCAUGAGGGGAACUUGGAGAGGAUUUACUAUCUUGGUUUGUUAAACUGUGCCACUGAGUCUGAUCCAUGAAUUAAUCUGUCACAAUAUGUGAUGUUCCAAAAGUGUACUGAAAAUGGCAGCUUCUCAUUGUUUUUAAUAAAAUAUUCCCAGAGUCUGGAAACCCUUUUAACUCUAUAACAGAAGUGUUUUCAAAGUUUACAAAAUACUUGCGAAAACAUAUUGGUUGUAUAAAACAUGCCCGGACUUCUAGUUCAGGGAGUUUUCUGGUCAGAGGACUUAGUUUGUUUCUCAUAGCAGAAGUUUGAAGAUGGAUAAAGAGUGAAAGAGGAAUCUUGUCAUGGUGUAUUUAAGCCAGUUAAUUUACGGUAGUGUCUUGAUGCUUAACAUGCUGUGUUCUCUGCAUUAUGACUCAGAGGCAAGCUACUGAAAUGUAGUAGCAGCUCUCUUCACACAUGUACAUACACACAGACACACACCAGGUGGUUUAGCAUGUGUUGAAUUGGGGAGUUGAAACAUGGGAGGUAGUUUUGGAGUACCUGUAAACAAAGCAUUAGUGAUUUCUUGCAGCAGACGUACACACAAAAUGCUACUGUUGUACCUAGCCAUUGAAACACCAGGGCAGAAGAGGUAUGUGUUACUUCAAGACUGUUUUCCUGUAGUGCCUAUUGUAAUUUGAAAGGAUGUAUUGAUUCCCUUGGUAUAGUUUUAAUUCUGCACAGUCCCAGAAACUUUAUUGCCAUCAUGUGACUGACAUCACAGUAUCCAAUUAAGUUUUGUGUCCCAAAUUAGUAUCCUAUUACCCUUUCUCAGUUUUCUAUAAAUAAAUAGGUGGAGAGUUUUUUUAGGGAGGUGCACUUUUUAUAGAACCCGCAUUUAGGAAUUGUGUGGCACUGUACCAAAGGCACUUGUUUUAAAAGUGUGGUUUUGAGGCUGCAUCCUGCUUGGCAGGACUUCAAACAUGAACACUUUCAUUGACUUUAAAUCCAUUGAAUUUGGUCACAGUGUUCCUGGUUGUGAGUGGAUUGCAUUAUUUGUUCUACAAAGGCUGAGAGAGAAAAUCAUUCCUGAUUUUUCAUCCUCAAUGAGCAUAUCCCUUAACAAAACCAAGGAAAGCAGCAAAUAUAACCAAUGUGUGAUUAUACAGUGUACAUAAACCAACAGUCAACCUGUGGAGGUUACAAUUAAAAAACAAUUUUAUUGAGAUAAGCUGUAAAGUUUUGUCAUUUUUAAGGAAUGUUUACAUAAUUAAAGUACACUAUAAAUUUUCACAACAGAUCACUUCUGUAUCUUACAGUCCUUUUUAUUUAAUUACGUGAGCACAGCAUAUAGCAGUAAUAUGAAUGUAUAUGUUUUGUUGAUAUAUCUGUAAAGCUAGAUUCUUUUUUACCUUUUGAGGCAUACUUUUGGAAUCUGGUAACCAAUAACGGUGCAUCACCUAGCGUAUUUAGCCCUGAAUAUUUCAGUAAUUAUAUGUGGCAAUACCAGUAAAAAGUCCACAAGAGUGUUUUACUGAAGUGAUUUAAUCCUUCACACAUAACUGUUACUGCUGUAUUUUAAAUUUAUUUGAAUGUCUUUUUUAUAAAACAUAAAACACUUUCA